UCGCUAGUCAAUCGAUUUUGGAAGUCACCAGGCUAAUAUGGGGGCGUCCGCUCUACCGAUUAUUAUUUUCUCGGCCAUUUUUGGCGUGAUUGGCAUUGUUUUGCCAAUCAUUGCGCCAAAGGGACCGAACCGAGGAAUUGUCCAGUGCGUUCUUAUAUUGACGGCAGUCACAUGCUGGUUAUUCUGGCUAUGUUGUUAUAUGGCCCAGAUGAAUCCACUUAUCGGUCCCAAGCUACACCAGAACACUAUUCUUAUUAUGGCACGAGAAUGGGGCAAUCCACUUCCGGAUAUGGAAGGUUGGGAACCUGAGCAUAAUGCGGACCAUUAAAUUGGAUAUCGUUUGCCUCACAUCACCAGUAUAGUGAAAAAUGCAAGUAACACGGAAAACAUUUGUUGAAAAAAUGCAUAAAUAUUCAAUCCCAAAUAGACAUCAAAAUUAAGUAAGAAUCCUCUUACGUUUGUCGAUGACACAUGAGCAUCAUGCGAAUGUAAAUUCCUGUCGCAACUCGAUGAAUUAUUCUCAUUGGGGACGAUGCUAAUGUGAGUUUUAUAGAGCUAAAAUAAUUCCUGUCGCGAAAUUCAAAAUAUAAUAUGAUAAUCAAAAAAUUGCAUGUUUUAUAAACACAGUAAUUGAGUGCAUAGAUGCCCUCAAUCAAAUUUAUGCAGCGAAAAAUGUAUGGAGUAAUUAAGAGGAGUUCUUAUAACACACACUAUCUAAUAAGCCAAUCACGAAAUUUAAUGGACAUUUCUUAGUACACCAUUAUGCAGUAAGCCAAACGAUUUAAAUGAAAAUGAUAGCGAUCAAAUAAGAUGUACUAUUUUCCAGCCAAACAUUCAUUAGCUAUAUUGGAUUAAAUAUGCAAGAAAAAAAAUAUGGUAGCAUUAUUAAUCACGCGUACAUGUAUGUUACAUACCAAGCAGUAGAACCAAUAAAAUAUAUGCGGUAGAUGAAACCAUAUUUUAAACAGCACUAUUCAGAUUAGUAUUU